AUGCUUUCUUUUGGUAAAUAUCAAACAUCUCAAAUAUCAUCAAAUAUAUCAUAUGUAAAACGUAUUAAUGUUCAAACUUUUCUUGCUUAUUCAUCUAUUGAUGAUUUAUUAAUAUUUAUUGAACCAAAACAUCAAAUACAUGUUUAUAAUGGUCGUACAAUUCAACAUAUUGUUAAUUUAAGUACAACAGAUCUUGUUAUAGCAACAUCAUGUGCAUCAUUAUUGUCGAAUUCUCAUCAUGAAUUAUGGUUUAUAUAUGAAACAACUUCGAAUACAAAUUUAAUCUCUUUACGUGUAUGUCAAGUACUUUUUAAUAGAUCUAAAUUAGCUUUUGAAGAUAAUCUAUGUAUUGAAACAAUAACAUUUCAAAAUGAUCAACCAGAUUUACUUGUUAACGGUUUUACAAUAAAACGUGAUCAUGCUGGAACUAAAAAAUCUCUUCUAUUUAUAUCAACAGGUGUUGGUAUUAUUUACGCAAUAUUUGAUACACAUACAGGUUUAUUAUUUGGUCAACCAACGAUUAUGAAUGAAACAUUAAGUGACGGUAGUAUUGUUUUAUCAUCAUCUGGUUCAAUUUAUUAUGCUAGUAAAGAAGAACAUUUAAUAUACGAAUUAAAAAUAGGACGUGAUUUUCGUUUAUAUUAUGGAAAAAUAAUUAAAGCUAAUGCAAUUAAAUACCCAUUUGGUUUAAUUACAGAUGAAUGUAAUCAUUUGUAA